UGGUCGCCUGUUUGGCUACAUUCCCGACUCCUCUCCUUUCUCUCUCUCUCUCUCUCUCUCUCUCUUUCUCUGCAAGAAUUGAUUUCUGCAUUGCGCAACGACAAGAGCAACGACAAGAGCAAGAAGUACAAGAAGAAGAAGGAGGAAGAAGGAAGAAGGAGGAAGAAGGGAGGAAGGAAGGGAGGAAGGAAGGAGGGAGGAAGGCCCGAGAGAUUUUCAGAGAUUGUUUGCACGACGCCGGCAGCUGCUCCCUCCCCUCCUUCGGGGGCCGCGGGGUCCUUCCGCAUUCUCGCUGCCGAGGAAAUCGGAAGCCGUCCCACCCGCGAUCUCCGCGUGUGUGCAGAGCAAAACGGUCGCGUACCCACGAAGUAGCGAGGGCCAAGAUGGACGCUUUGUGCCUGAAAACGGGGAUUCACGCGCUCCCUCCCUCGAUCUCGGUCGCCGCCGCCGGGUCGCUCGACGCCCGGCCCGGCCCGAACCCGGCCAAGGUGAGCGCCCUGGGCCGGUCCCCCCUCGACAAAUCGGCGGCUUCUUCGUCGUCGUCGUCGUCGUCGUCGUCGUCGGCGGCGGCGGCGGCGGCGGCGGCGGCGUCUUCGAGGUUCUCUUUUAAGUACCCUCUGAAGUCCCUGUGGUUCGGCGGCCGCGGCGGCGGUGGCGGGGACAAGAGGAAGAGUAACGGGAUCGCGCUCGACGACGCCGUGCUGGUGGACGGCGGGGAGCGGGCGGCAGAGGAGGAGGCGGCGAGCGGAGGGGCCGAUUCCGAGGGGCGGAGCGGGAACUGGGUCUUGAAGAUAUUGCAUGUCAGGUCUCUGUGGAAGGAGGAGGAGGAGGAGGAGGAAGACAAGGGAAUGGUGGAUAAUGGCGGCGGAGCCGGAGAAGCAGAACAGGGGUCCCGCGACGUGGCGAUUGAGGACAGAGGAGAUGGCGGUGGCGAUGAUGUUGAGGACGAGGAGGACUGCGAUGCAUGUAGGAUUGGCGGCCGCGACGAUGGGGGUGAAAAAGAGAUGGAAUUUGACAGGGAUUCGUUUUCGAGGUUGCUGAGGAAGGUGCCUCUGCAUCAAGCCAGGCUAUAUGCUCAAAUGUCCUAUCUGGGGAAUUUGGCCUAUACCAUACCCGAAAUCAAGCCAGCAAAUCUCUUAAAAUACCGCGGAUUGCGUUUAAUAACCUCAUCGAUAGAGAAGAGGGAAUCAGCAGAAAAAGUCGAGAAGGAGCAGACUCUAGAGGAUAUGCAAGAGGAAGCAGUGCCACCUGUAGAUGAUGUUCAAGGCCAGGAGCAGAAGAUCAAUGGGAACCGACUAAGUGCGUCUGCUGCUUACCAAAUCGCUGCCUCUGCAGCCUCUUAUCUGCACUCUCAUGCUAAGAGCAUUAUUCCAUUUAAUUCCUCGAAGUCAGCAGAAGCAUCUGGUACUGAUUCCCCUGGGAGGGAUGGUGAAAGAAGCAACGGUGUUGACGUAAUGAACCCAGAUAUGGCUUCCCUCAUGGCAACCACCGACUCUGUGACUGCUGUGGUUGCCGCAAAAGAGGAAGUGAAGCAAGCAGUUGCAGAUGAUCUGAAGUCCACUCGCUCAUCACCUUGCGAGUGGUUUAUAUGCGAUGAAGAUCAGGGCACUACGAGGUUCUUCGUGAUUCAGGGUUCUGAGUCGCUGGCAUCAUGGCAGGCAAAUCUACUCUUUGAGCCUAUCCAGUUUGAGGGUCUUGAUGUGCUUGUGCACCGAGGGAUAUACGAGGCUGCCAAAGGGAUCUAUGAACAGAUGUUGCCUGAAGUUCGUGACCACCUAAAAUCCCAUGGGAAGAAGGCUACUUUCCGUUUCACUGGGCAUUCUCUUGGAGGAAGUUUGUCAUUAGUGAUAAAUUUAAUGCUGCUGAUUCGGGGCGAAGUGCCUGCUUCUUCCUUGCUUCCUGUGAUCACAUUCGGUGCCCCGUCCAUCAUGUGUGGAGGCGACCAUCUUCUUCGCAAGCUUGGAUUACCUCGAAGUCAUGUUCAGUCAGUCACGAUGCACAGAGACAUUGUACCCCGAGCCUUCUCUUGCAAUUAUCCUAAUCACGUUGCAGAGAUUCUCAAGGCUGUUAAUGGGAAGUUCAGGCAUCAUCCUUGUCUGAAUAAUGAGAAAAUGUUGUUUGCGCCAAUGGGGGAGCUUUUGAUUUUACAGCCAGAUGAAAAGUUCUCGCCGCACCACCAUCUCCUUCCUUCAGGUAGUGGUUUCUAUGUGUUGAGCUGUGAGCUAUCGGAUGUCGUCAUUGCAGAGAAGGAACUCCUAGCGGCGCAGAAGGUUUUCUUGAACUCACCACAUCCUCUCGAGAUUUUAAGCGAUCGCGCCGCUUAUGGUUCGGGGGGCACCAUUCAAAGGGACCACGACAUGAAUUCCUACGUAAAGUCCGUGCGGUCUGUGAUCCGCCAAGAGCUGAGCCACAUGAGGAAGGCCAAGAGAGAGCAGCGCCGCAAGUUCUGGUGGCCCCUCAUUGUGUCUCGCGGUGGAAUCAACAUUGGCCUAGCUUUGAGCAGGCCGAUCGGGUCGAUCAGCAUGGAUCGUGAGCAGCUCAACUUCUCGGGCAUCUUGGAAACGGGCAAGGAGUCUCUGAAACGGUUCAGCAGGCUCGUCGCAUCGCAGCACAUGCAUCUGCUUGUCGUGAUCCUGUUUCCCGCUCGAUUGCUACUGCUCGGCACCUACAGCACAUUUAAUUGAUCCCUGCCCAUGAGAUGGGCAAAGAUAAAUUAGCAAAUUCUUUAUUUAUGUUCUAUUUUCCCACUCAAAAAGGUUAUAAUCCAUGUCCUUCCCUUUCAUGAUGGGGAAGCGAAUUACUCAAAAUGUCAUCUGUAGAAAGAAACAUGUGAUCACAUGAGCAGGGAAAGAAGAAAAUAGGGAAAAAAAAAUGAAUCACAUUAUUGCAUUUGUUUAGUGCAAAAUCCUUAUUUUC